AAAGUAAAACAAUUAUUUUUUCCUGUAUCAUACUUGUUCCUCCUCUCAAGAAGGUGAUAUCAAGAGGCUCGAAUUUCCAUUGACAAAAAUCAGUUUUAGUGUCUUUCGAAAAGUUUAAAGUUCUAAGAUGAUCCUAACGCAGGAUAGACAGCGACUAUCAAGAGCUGUGGGCAUUUUAAUCGUGCUACAAGGGACCACAUGGUUUGCUUUGGCUCUAACCGGACUGAUUGUCUUGUACUCGCCUCCAACAAGUCUAACGGACACCAGCAUGACCGCUUAUACGAAAUACUCCCAAUACUUGGGCAGAAUAAUUUACAAUGAUUUCAUGAUUGAGAGCCAAACGCGCACCAUCAGCAAAGUCAUCAGACCGACGGACUUUGCGGCCUUCUUGUGGAUCUACGUGAUUCUGAGCGCCCUUUGGGUGGUGGCUUCUCUGGAUCAAAAUCUUGCCAUCAGAUACAAAAAGUCCAGGCAGUCCCACAUCACUUUGGUGUUGGGGAUUUCAACUCUUCUGAUCUCGCUGCUGGAUCUGGUGUUCUUCUCGUUGCUGGCCAGGGAUUUUUCCACGUGUCCGUU